CGCUAAUUUACAAACUUGGUAAAGUGGUAUCUCGAACUUUUUCAUAAAUCAAUAUUAUCGAGUAUUUCCUUAAUUCCAAACGACUCCAGUGUGUUAUGACAAUCGAAAAACAGUGUACUAUUGCAGAGAUGAUUUCAUAAUGCAAUAUAUAGGCGGCGAUGAUAACAUUUUUCGAAGGUUAUGUUCCCAAUCUCGUUCCCUUUUCUACAUUACAUUGCGUUUUAAAUUAGAAAAUGAAUUAUGAAAAUCGUAAAAGUGACAGUGAAAUUUAGAACGAAACGUGGAAACUCAUGGGAACAAGAAUGAUGACAUUUGAAAAUUUACUUCGUUAAACAAGCAAAUCUUACUUGAUUCGUUGCGCAUUUCUUGAUUAAAAUAAAUUUUGAAGUAACACAAGUCACUUACAUUAAAAGGUACAAAUAGAAAUUGUAAAUACGGUAUCUCAAUAAACAGAUACUAACAAUAAGAAACGGUUUUAACCGCGCACUCCAACAGGUUUAUCAACAUAAACAUGCAAAUUUAUUGUGUCACAUGUUUGACAGUGUUGACAACAUAAUAUAUGCAAUUGCCUUUUAUAUCUUACAUCAGGUAACAAUCGCAUGUGUUUUAAAUUUUCAAUAAAAAAUCAUAUAUUUUAAGUUCUCAAAUAUUCUAUUGCUAUUAUGAAACUACGCUAGACUAGAAAGGAAUUAAUAAAAUUAUUAAACAUGGACAAUAUUUUAACUUUGAGGUUUAAAAAUAUAACCUAGUCAUGGAUUAUUUAGGUGAAGUAAUAGCUCUCGGAAUUGACAGUAUAAUUUUUGGUAUUUGUAUGAAACAAUACUUUCACUGUAAAAAUGCAAUUACAGCAGUUAAGGGUGCCGAGUUUCACGAAGUUGGGCCACAAUUGGGAGAGCUUAUCGAUAAAAGUUCCAAUAACAAGAUAGACUACAUAGCUAUUAGGGGUAUUGUAAAACCCUUAGGAAAGCCAUUGAACAGCAUUAAUAAUAAAAAAUUAACUGGUGUUGUACAAAAGCUCAAAAUCAAAGAACAUGUUGUAGCUAGAACUACUGCUGGUUUCUGGUCAGAUCAAGAGCGUACUGUUCAUAAAGUUUAUAAUACUGUUCCAUUCUCUUUACAACAUGGAAGUUAUUCUGUAGAAGUAUUGGAACCAUUGUCAGCAGAUAUUUUAGACUUGGAUGUGGUAUCUAAUACCUUUGAGCCAACAGUACCAUCCUUUGCAGACCAUUUAUGGGGUUUUUUCACAGGUAUACGCCAGCGUGGUUUACAAUCAACUGAAGAACUGCUUCGUGAAGGAUCAGUUAUGACAGGUAUAGGUGAAUUAGCAAGAACGAAAUCUAAAACACUUACAUUACAACCACCAUUAAAUGGUACACCAUUUUAUUUAACAAGCAUGUCAAUUAGUUCUUUGCUUAGGAAAUUGGAUGAGCGCAAACGAACAUAUAGAUUAUUAUGUUUAAUGUUUGGUGCUAUUGGAAUGUUGAUUGGUGGAAUAGUUUUUCGACGUUAUUGGAAAGACAGAACAGAACAAAGAUUAGCAGAAGAUUUAAGACAAACUCUAGCUGCAUCUCGGAAAGAAAGACGGCAAAGAGUAAGAGACACUGAUCUUAGAGAAGAUCAGUUAUGCGUUGUUUGUCGUACAAAUCCUCGUGAGAUUAUUCUUCUUCCAUGUGGGCAUGUCUGUUUAUGUGAAGACUGCUCUGAUGACAUCACUAGCGAUUGUCCAGUUUGUAGAGCGCCAAUUUCACAAAAAGCAGCAGCAUAUAUUAUUUAACAUUAGUACAAAUAUAAAUUUCUUAAAUUAGUAAA